GUCGUUCCUCUCCGAGCUCGUUCGCUUCGACCACAGACAGCAAAAAAAAUGAGCGGCCAAUACGACGUCCUCAUCGUCGGCGCGGGCAUUGCAGGCUCCGCACUCGCCCACGCUCUGUCCACGAUCACUUCGAAGCUGCGAGCCUCGCCCCUCCGCAUCGCAUUGCUCGAGCGUUCGCUUGCCGAGCCAGACCGCAUCGUGGGCGAACUCCUUCAGCCUGGGGGUGUAGCAGCGCUCCAGAAGCUCGGACUUGAAUCGUGUCUUGAAGGCAUAGAUGCCAUACCCGAGCAUGGUUACUGCGUCGUUCAGUCUGGUCAGAUUGUACACAUACCUUACCCAGACGGCAGGCGGGGUUGCAGUUUCCACCAUGGCCGGUUUGUCAUGGCGCUUCGACAGCGUGCCAAGCGGGCGCCGGGAGUGGACGUCGUCGAGGCAACUGUGAACGAGCUCAUCGAGUGCCAGCACACCAAGCGGGUCCUUGGCGUCCGUGCAACCCGGCCGAAUUCCGUUGAGAAGGAGUCCUAUUUCGCGGACCUUGUCAUUAUUGCAGACGGAUGCUUCUCUAAUUUCAGGAAUGCUGUCAUGGGAAAGGCUCUCAGGGAGUCUACGACAAGAAGUCAUUUUUGCGGAGUCAUUCUCAAGGAUACCCAGUUGCCAAUGCCCCAACACGGCACCGUUGCCCUCGCGAGAGGUCACGGACCGGUGCUAAUGUACCAGAUUUCGGAGCACGAUACCCGUAUGCUCGUAGCCGUCAAGCAUCCCGUUCCACACGAUCUCAAGGGACAUAUUCUCAAAGAUGUCGUCCCGCACCUCCCGGCGUCACUCCAUGUAGCCGUCCAUGAGGCGCUAGACAAGGAUCGCAUCAGACGCAUGCCCAAUUCUUUUCUUCCUGCCGUGGAACAAGGUGGUAAGUACACCAGAGAAGGUGCAAUCCUCAUCGGCGACUCGUGGAAUAUGCGUCACCCUCUCACUGGCGGCGGCAUGACUGUUGCAUUGCAUGAUGUCGUCAUCUUAUCGAAGCUACUCGCCAAGGCCGACUUUCGAAACUGGGACCAGAUGUCGAAUUUACUGAGUAGUUGGUACUGGUCACGCAAACCGCUUUCCUCCACGGUCAACAUACUCAGCUUCGCAUUGUACGACUUAUUCGGUGCCGAUGAUGAAAACCUUGCUGUCUUACAGAGGGGUUGCUUCAAGUAUUUUGAGCGCGGUGGUGAAUGUGUCCGUGGUCCCGUCUCCCUCCUUGCAGGAAUCGCCCCUUCGCCUACUCUCCUUGCCUACCACUUCUUCGCUGUUGCAUUCUAUUCCAUCUGGGUCAUGUUUGUCCACCCGCGACCGGCGGUUAAUGAGUCGAAUUCUGAUAAGCCGCUCAUGUUGUCCCCGCACAUAUGGGAGUACCCUGGCUUAGUAGUCAAGAGUGUAACAGUCUUGUGGACCGCGUGCGUUGUGUUUGGACCGCUCCUCUGGUCAGAGAUACGAUGGUGGUGAAACGAUUGGGUGGACCCACAUUGACUUUGCUCACGCGACGUUUGUAUAGCGAUGUAGCGUAUGUAUCGUAUGGGGAUCCAAUGCUAUUACUUAGACUUAGAACAUGCUGGGUAAUCGAUACUGCUGGUGUGAACUUGGUCCAGAUAUUCU